AUGGGAGCAAAUAACCUGAAUCUGGUCAAUCCACCAGAACAAUUUGGCAUUGUAGCGCCAGGAAUCUACCGUUCAGACAUGUUACAACAACCUCAUUUUACAUACUUAAAGCAAUUUGGGUUUAAAACCUUAGUUAUGCUUAGCCCUGAAUUACCUAAUAGAGUCACCUCUAAUUUCAUCGAAGAGGGCGACAUUAAAUUAGUUCACGUGGGAAUGGCUACAUGGAAACCAACACAGCCUUCGACAUGGAGACCAGUUUCUGAAGAGCUGAUUAAAGAAGGACUUGAGUUGAUUCUAGAUGUAGAUACACAUCCCAUUUUGAUCAUGUGCACAUCUGGAAUUCACGAAACAGGUACCUUGGUUGGUUGCCUAAGAAAACUGGAAGGAUGGAAUUUUAGUUCGAUUGUGACAGAGUACAGAUCUUAUGCUGGCACGAAGGCGAGAUAUGUAAAUGAGCAAUUUAUAGAGUUGUUUGAUUUGGACCUAGUUACUUUGCCCUUACAAUUACCAGCUUGGUUUAUCGAUCAACAAAAAAUGCUGGUAAAUAAUUGUUUGCUUAUAGUCUGCCACAUAACUAAAUUCAGACUUAACUUAGGCUGA